AUGGGGGCUAAACAAGAUCCGAUAGUCAAGCUUCGUACUUCCAUCCUUCACAGUCGCCUUGAUCUCAACCAUGCUAGCAGCCAAACAAAUCUUCCACUCGCAGCGUUGCCAAGGCCGGUAUUUUCGACCCCUUCCUUUUCAGCAAAAAGGGAUAAUUCAUCUUCAGCCUCAUCUGUUGCCAUCACUGGCUAUCGCGAGUCGGCGCCCUCCCCCCUCUUGUAUGCCCAUUCCAGCUCGUCUUCCAGCACUUAUGGCACCGAAUCCACUUUGACUAACAACGCCGCAAGUCCGGCCCGAUCAGAGGUCAUGGACACCAACCGACUCGUGUCGUGUCGGGCAGUGACAAGGACCUACACAAGACGGCUGACCAGUUUCAGUCGACUUGCGCAGACUGCCGUCACGCGGAUGGAUACAGUUAAUGCUGGCCUACGUAGCCUCACUGAGGCCAAUCAAGCUCUUCGUGCAAGCUUCGUGACACCUCGAGGAAAAGUAGACCAGGUGCCGCUGUCCAGCAUUUGA